AUGCAUGCCAACUUUGUGGACUUACCUCCCAUUCCACAGUCUUUUGUCCCCAGCAAAGACAAAAAAAGGCAGGACUCUAUGGCUCACAACAUGGGCAGGGAUGAGUUGCAAUACCACCCAGAUAGACAAUUUGUGAAAUAUUUGGUAGAAGGUUUAACAGAUGGGUUUGACACAUUGGUCAACAUGGUUACACUGCCUACUAAGGAAUGCAACAAUCUAUUGUCCGCCAGAUCGCAGCCUGACGUAGUUGACAGGCUCAUCGAAUCCGAGGUGAACAAAGGAUUUUUGUGUGGCCCGUUUGCAUUUGGGUGCCGUUCAAGCCCCAAGAUAUUUGACACACUUUCGGAAGCAGUAUGCUGGAUAGCCAAGAACAAUUAUGGUAUUAGAUACAUGUUACAUCUUUUGGACGAUUUCAUUACGUUUGAAGAACCAGGUCUGUGUGGCGAACGGAACAUGGCUUUGUUACAUUUGAUUUUCAAUAGGCUGAAUAUCCCGAUGGCUAAACACAAAACAUGCGGUCUAGAGAUAGUUAUAGAGUAUCUCCGUAUUGUUUUAGAUUCGCAUAACAUGCAAACUCGGUUACCGAAAGAGAAGCUGGACAGAAUCUGCAAAUUUCUUCAGGCUUUCCUUGUACGUAUGUCUUGUACCAAGCGAGAACUAUUACAGUUGUUGGGACAUCUGAAUUUUGCCAAUGGGCAGAUUUCGACAGUUGGCUCCACAGGCACAUCCACUGCCAUGCAGAGCGCCUCACUCGUCAGAGGUUUUAUGGGACUGCAACCAGUAAUUUCAGAACUGUGGCAUGCAGCCAUUGCCCCCAACACCAGAGCAGCAUAUCAAACAGGAUUCAACUUGUUUCUACAGUUUCUGUUAAUGGCCGGCAUCACAGCAUCAGUGAGUGUGGACAAUUUAACUGUAACAGAAGACAUACUGAUGUACUUUGUGGCACAUUGUUACAAUAGCAAUCUAGCCCACAGCACUAUCAAGCUGUAUAUUUGUGGUAUCCAGUUUACGUGCUUAAGAUUAGGAAUCAAAUAUCCUAGCAAUGUUGACUUACCACGACUGUGGUCUAUUCUAGGAGGGGUGAAAAGACGCCAAGGGAAGAGAACUAGGCUAUGCUAUCCAGUGACUUUCAGUAUUUUGAAAGAGAUUUGUACUUUUCUCCGUCUAUCUAAUAUGGAGUACGUGAGCGAGACGGUUAAUGAAGAUCUAGUGCUAGAAACUGUUUGUACCAUAGCUUUUUUCGGUUUUCUCAGAUGUGGGGAGUUUACGGUACUUUCUGACUUUGACCCAACCCUACAUUUAUGCAUCGGAGACUUGGUGAUAGGAACGGACUGUGUUUUAUUAACUCUAAAAAUGUCUGAUCCUUUUCGCAAGGGUGUUACUAUUAGACUUUUUAAGAACAAUACUCAGGUGUGUCCAUACGAGAUUUGUUGUAAAUAUAUGAAACACAGGCUUGACAGCAGUCCUUCAUGUGAUGAUCCUCUCUUUGUCAUGCGAGAUGGUAAGGCUCUUACCAGGAAUGUCUUUAUAGCUAAAUUUAAACAUAUCUUAGAAUGCAUAGGUGUCAACGCAGAGAGGUAUAAUGGUCAUUCCUUUAGAAUAGGAGCCGCAACUACGGCUGCUUCAGUACAUUUAGAGGAUCACCUGAUUAAAGUCUUGGGAAGGUGGUCUUCCGAUGCCUAUUGUAGAUACAUAAGAACUCCAAUCGCUACUAUAAAAGAAGCUCAGAUAGCCUUGACCACUCAAUAG